CCGAAAUUCUAUUUACAAAACUCUGCACACCCUCGGUCGCAACCCUCAACCUCCACCUUCCAUACAUUAGAAGCUUCGAACAUAGUUUCUAUAGCAAUUGUAUUCUUUCACCAUGCCGACCGCCAACAAACGACGGAAGCUGUCAACGGCGCCGAGGAGCGCCUCGACCUUGCCAAACAAAUCUCGAGGGAUCGAUGCGUUCACCAAGGUCUCGAAAGGGAGCAGCACCGCAAAGACAAUUAUCGAGAAGAGCGACUAUGUCGACAUCAUCGCAAUUACCCAAUCUACGAAUCACAAGAAGAGGAAGGUCGCACCCGGGGAGGAGGACAGUGAACCCGUCUCAGCGCUUUUUUCUGCAGCAAUAAUCUCGAGACCCAUCAAACAAUUGCCCCAACGACCUUCAAACAACAUUAAAUCAAUUCCAGAAACCCCACGGAAGCCAAUCCUCUCCCAAUCCUUUCCUGUCUCAAUCGAAACGCCUACGAAAGGUGCGCGUAGCCUCCUCGACCGAUUCUGCAUCUCUACGAAAACCCCAACUAGAACUCCGCUCGGUUUCAACAGCUCAAGCUCAGGCAUCCUCGAAUCGACGCCGGAAAAUAUUCAUACCGAACCUCCUCAAAACCUUCCGGCAGAAUUAAUCGACCUCGUCAAUCUACACGCAGCAUUUCUCACAGCAUUAUCAAUACAUUGCGCCCACAAUGGAACACACUCACCAGCGGACCUGCGCAACCUCUGCCCGGACGUUGCUCGAGCAUGGGGGAAGAGACGAGUCACUCUCGAAGAUAUCCGCAGGACACUGGGGGUUAUGAAUACACAUAUUCCUGAGGGAAACAAGGAUCAUAAAAUAUCACGGCUCAGUUUAUCCGAUUAUGGACAUGGGAAGAUCUGCAUUGAGAUCAAUUCAACUACAGGGAAGGCUGGCAGGAUAGCCAGACCUGUCAACGAGAAUCUUUUGAACGUAAUGUUCGUUCGAGGACUGGAGGAGGCAUGGGAAGUGAAAGAUGCCGAUUUGCCGAUUCAACAAUUCGUUGGGAGCCUGCCACUGGAACCAAUUACAACGUGCUCUUCGCUGGUCAAGAUGUCACCCUUGCUAGCGAAAGGGCAGCGAAGAUUGGAGGACUUGAGAGCAGGCAUAGUUGUCAAGAAGGAAACAAAGGAAAAGCUACCAGAGACGCCAGACGGAAAGAAGCUCACACUUCUCGAGCGGCUGCGGGCCAAACAACUUCACCAAUCGACUCUUCCACCACCACCAUCGAAUGCAGACAUUGCUCGGAAAGCAGCAUUGCAGAGGAUCGAAGAAGUUGUUGGGGUGCUGAGUAUUCUGAGCACGUCUAGCUCGAUUGGCCAGCAGAGAAUAUCCUUCACUCUGCCGACCGUGCUUGGGAAGUUGAGGGAUUCCUUUAAGACUCCAAUAUCGAGAGAGGAGGGAGCUACAUGUGUUAGACUGCUGGUAUCAGAGAUCGCUCCAGAGUGGGUGAGGAUCGUGAAGAUGGGCAAGGUGGAAGCCCUUGUUGUGAACAGAGACGAGAAACCUGGAGAAGAUGAUAUCAGAGAACGUGUGAGACGUGCUGCAUAGAGAUGAGGGAUGAUGGAUUGGAUAGCACGGAGCGAGAAUUGCAGAUAGUACCAACGAACGCACGAUGAAUUGACGAUCUUCUCUAUUGUAGUUUUCGUUUUGUGACUUCUAUGACCAUGAACACAUGAUUGAACCCAUUGAUUUUCGCGUACGAUUCAUUCAGGACCCCCUUCCAGUAUCCGCCCCCUCCAUCGAAAGCAACGCUGAUUCAUUAUCAUAUCCGUUGUGACAAUUGUACCCAAGCCACAGUGUAUAUCCUCUCCCGCCACUCUACU